UACCCUGGUGUUGGAGACUAGGAAGCGGAUUGCACUCAGUUCGACAUGUGGCCUGUUGGUGGCAGCAACACAGCGUCGCUGCGUCCAGACUACUGCUACAUCAGAGGCGAGAAGAAGCUGCAGCGCUGGCUGUGCCCCGGGCUCCGUCGUUGAGCUCAUCACACCGAGCCGCAGUCAGGCAGUUCAGCGAAACAAGUGACGCUCAAUAUUGCAAUGGUUGCACCACCAGUCUGUUCUUUCACAGUAGACACGCCGGAGCUGCAAUGAAGGCAGGGGCCUCGUCCAUGUGGGCUUCAUGCUGUGGUCUGCUGAAUGAAGUCAUGGGUACUGGGGCCGUCAGAGGCCAGCAGCCGGGCUUUGGGGCCGGUGCUGGACCCUUCAGGUUUGCCCCCAGUGCGGGAUACUCUACAUACCCGCCCACCAGCUCAGGGAGUCCCCCUCUUGUAUGCAAGGCCUGUGGCCAGGCCUUCUCAGUCUUCAGGAGGAAGUAUAUUUGCUGCGAUUGCAAGAAGAGCUUCUGCUCGCUGUGCUCAGUGCUUCAGGAGAAUCUGCGCAUUUGUGGCACAUGCCAUUUGCUGAAAGCAACAGCCUUUCAGCGGCCUCGGCUCAUGCGUCUAAGAGUAAAAGACCUGCGUCAGUACUUGCUGCUCCGUAACAUCCCCACCGAUACCUGCAGGGAAAAGGAAGACCUGGUGGACUUGGUGCUCUGUCACCAAGGCAUUGAGGAAGAGGAGGACCCCGACACGGGUAGCCUCCACUCACGUUCCCUGUAUACGCCGACCCCUUCUACCACACAAUCUGCCUCUGAACUGUCUGCUUUCGUCGCCUCUCAGGAGGAACCGCUCAGCAGAAGUGACAGCUCUGAUACCAACCAGGAUAUAGGUGACACCACAUCUGUCUCUCUCCUCAACCUGGACCCAAGUGAACACACUCCUGAGGUGAGUCCUCAGACGCGACGUCGGGCCAGGGCGUCUCUCACAGACAUCUCCAGCUUGAGGGACAUCGAGGGCCUGUCCGUCAGGCAGCUGAAGGAGAUCCUGGCCAGGAACUUUGUCAACUAUUCAGGGUGCUGUGAGAAGUGGGAGCUGGUGGAGCGCGUCAGCAGACUGUACAGAGAGACGGAGGAGAACAGGAAAUCAUUGGAAAAUGUGAGCAGUACUGUAACCACAGUGGUGGCCUUCCCCCCUCCUAUCUGCAACGGUGCCAUUGGAGACGGUGAGAAGGGUCCGCUGACAAUCCACGAUGACAACCUCUGCAGGAUCUGCAUGGACGCCGUGAUUGACUGUGUCCUCCUGGAGUGCGGUCACAUGGUCACCUGCACCAAGUGCGGCAAAAGGAUGAACGAAUGCCCGAUCUGCAGGCAGUACGUCGUGAGGGCCGUUCACGUCUUCAAGUCCUAAUGCACCACUGCAGCACCACACUACCUGCUUCAGAGUAGCAGCUCAGACUGAGACUGUACCUUAACUCAACCAUGCAGCUCAUAACCUUUUAAUCCCCAAAAGACUUAUUUUGUGGAUGUUUCAUGUUUGUAUUCACAUUAUUUGCAUAUUGAAAUAUUAUGAGUAAUGUGUUUUUCUUAAGAAUUUGACUCUUUGGUUUCACCAGUGGGCAGAGUGUAGGAUCGUACCCUCCUGUGAGUCAUUCCUCAAGUAAACAUAUCUCUAAUCUGUGUUCACUGUUUUGCUUUUCUGAGAAAUUUUCAACACAAAGAAUGUGUGGCAUUCAGCCACGUGCAGUCUUGUUAAACAAAAACUCAUCACCUCAGAUCUGCCCGUAAACUGUAGUUGGCACGCAACUCUGCUGAGUAUUCUUUAGAGCACCUCUCUUUACAACAGUUGCAAGUGAAAAAAUACUUUAGUUACACCAAGACACAUACUGAACCUGAGCACAGGAGAGUUAGGUGCCAAAUAAUGGGUCAUGCCCAUACGCUUUUCAACCCCCCCCGGACUGUGUGGGCCAGUGUGUGGCUGAUGAUAGUUCAGCACGUUUUAACAGAAAAAGCACCUUGUUCACUCUGUGUUACUGCACCACUGCUCACAACCGACUGCAAACCAGUAAUAGUGGCUGAGGUAGCACGUGUACUAAUUGAAUACUUGUCUGAACUUCAGCUUAACUGAUGGAGGUUUGAAGGCCAAUAACCUUUGUUUUGGUUAGUGAGAAAAGCUGACUAGAAAUAACUUAGCUGGUGUUUUUACAGUUAAACUAAGUAUUACUCAGCCCACAAAUGAGCAUGUGCUCUGCUGUUGUUAUUCAAGGAUACUGAUGACUGAAUGGGGAUUUACAAUGAAGGUUAUGUGGUAUUUAUUAUAUUCACUUAUUUUGUCAUAAAAGAGCUUAUUGUAAUGCAUUACACAUUGAAAUGAUCAUACAGACUGUCAUUACAGCAAUAGCUUAACCUCCGCUGUCACCUCUGUCCUGUCUCAGCACUUUAGUGGAGACACAAGACAAAAAACGGUGCUAAGUCAUCCAACCAUCUUCCCUGUUUUCAAGCUGAACUGGAUGUUAAACUCUGAAUGUUUUUAUUUUUGUUGUCGUCGUAUAUUGUUGGGAGUGGAAUGAAGUGUCUUAAUGCUUUUUAGUUGACUUUCUCUCAUGUAGGAGUAAUGUAUUCAACUAACUAUUCAAAGAUAUAGCGACGAGUUUACCGACACCUGUGGUAUAGAAAGUAUAUAGAAAUAAUGACUUGCUAAUGUACAUUUGCAUAUAUUGAUCCAUAUGAGAUGUAUAUAUAUCUAUAUUUUUUCCAUUUGAUUUAAAUCGCGUAAUAUCAGAUUAUUGAAAUGUCUCUGGGAUUGGGUUAGUUUAUUAUUACAGAGUUAGGUUUUCCUGUCAUGUGGUUUGAAAUGUGCAUAGGUUUGCUUGAACUAUCUGUCCCUCUUGAAUCAGAGCAUGACGAGAACCUGUAUGACACUAGAUAAGUUAUAUCCUCCAUCUACCCCACCUAGAAAACUCAAUUUCCUGGUUUUCCUUUACCCUGAUCCUGCUUAUUUAGAAGUAUCCAGCUCUCUACUGUACCUACAGAAAGUCAACGUUGCUGCUAUUAUAGUAAACAACCAUGAACAGUAGCGGAGCAGGUCGCACUUUUCCUUUAGAGAGGGUGUAAUUGUGUGCAAGGUUCUGUCUUUGUAUUUGGGAAUGUUGAACUUUUUAUUUUGGUAAUUAAAGAUUUAAAUUAAA